UUUGUCAACAGCAAGUGGAGAAGAAGCAUGGUUUGAGUCCAAUGCUGCAUUUGAAACAGAUUGUGACGAUGAUUUCCACAGCGUCAACGAAGAUGCUUUGUCUUUAAACGGAGGUGAGCGUGUAUCAGUUUCAAGUACUACAACCACAUCAUCAACAGGAGACUCUGACUCAAACGAAGCCAAUUCGCAGUUAGAAGGAGGCUUGAACGACACAAAACAGCAGCCUGAUUCGAUAGAUUCAUCUGCAGAUGAAGGAGGAGGAGGACUCAUGAAGAAUUGCAGGAUUUUGCCGAAAGGCCUCUUAGCUCUAAUCCUCCAAGUUCGAGGAAAAAAGCUUCUCUUAGACUAUCUUACAAAUGGAGAGAAGGUCAUGCUUCAGGGGCCUUGUAGACCAAUAGCUGGUUCUCAGGUUCCUUUCUGUCUUGUUGACAAGAAAAUGCUUGAUUGUUGGUCAACUAUUGAGCUAAAUAGCUUCCGUGUUCGUGGCAAAACUUAUUUAAAAGAAAAGAAGAAAGAGUUUGCGCCUAGCCAUGCUGCGUAUAAUCCUUUUGGUGUCGAUGUUUUCUUAUCAGAACGUAAAAUACACCAUGUCGCACAAUAUGUGAAGCUUCCCGUUACUACCACGUCCUCAAAACUCCCAUCUAUCCUUCUCGUUAAUGUCCAGAGAUUAAUAGAUGAUGAGGUUGAGAAAGUUAAAGGCUUCCCUAUGGAUACAACCGCAUCUUUCAGAGAACGGCUAAAGAUAUUGGGACGUGUUGCAAACGUAGAUGAUUUACACUUGAGUGGUCCAGAGAAAAAGCUGAUGCAGGCUUACAACGAGAAGCCUGUUCUCUCCCGUCCGUAA